AUGGAGAAGAUUGAGCUUGUAAAGAGCAUAGAAGCAAAUGCAGAAAGAAUUCUCGAGGAUUUCACGGAGAUACUCCAGUAUCUGAGAUCUGAGGGAUCUGAUAAGUGCGAUGAAGUCCAGAACUUACUUUUUGCAACCCGAAGAGUGGUUAACCUUGUUGACUCUGCUCUGGAAAUAUACCAUUAUCUUAUAAGAUUGAAAUAUCUUACGGCCGAUAUUCAGAGAUUUGAGACCAAAGAAAGCGGGGAUGGAGAUAAGAUGCUUGAAGAGCUAUUUGGGGAACUGAAUAGCAAUCUAGGGAUCUAA